AUGAGCCGCGAUGCUGAUGAUGACAACCGCUUUUCUGAAGAUAUUUGUGAGGCUUUCAAGAAGAUGAGGAACAAGAAAGUUUUUGAUGUGGAAGGCACGUAUUUAAUAGCUGAUGCUUGGGGUUGGAAAUGGGAGAGAGAAAUAAAGAGGAGGCCUCUUCAGAGGUGGUCACAAGAAUUGGAAGUUGAGUUAUUUUCAGAAGCAUUGGCCAACAAAAAGCAUGCUUUACUAAAGGAGUUGAGAGGGACUUUGGACAUAAGGGCUCCUAUAAGGGGGAAUUUCAAUGGAGUGGAUGUGAAUGAUAGUGGAAAUAUGAAUGUUGAAGGUAUGAAUAUAGAGGUGGUUGAUAUGAAUACUAAAACCAAUGGUGGAGUCUAUGAGGAGAAUGUGGGUAUAAAAACAUAUCUUGAAAAUGUCAAUAUUGAUAAAGUAGAUGUUAGAGAAAGAAUGGAGCAAGUUUCUAAAAGUAUUAAAAGGAGAAGUAUAAGGGGAAGAAUAAAAGGUUUUGGAGGAAUUAGAGGAAAAGUUUUAAUGGGUAUAAGUGUUAGGAGAGAAAGAACACAUAAUAGACAUGACGACGGAAAGCAUCUAGUUCGAAGGUGA